CUUCACACUUGUGUGGUGCACGAGGUUCCAGCUCUGUCCACUCUCCUCCUGCCCUCUCCAGCUGUGUGUGUGUGUUUGGUUCAGACUGACCGCCUCGCCUGUGUGUGUGGGAGUGUGUUUGGGACUGCCCAACAGAGAGAGCCAGCGAGAGCCACAGAAGGUUACUUUCUCUCACACCGACCGGCAGCAUCGUUGGAGCCGCUGAGACACACACACACACACACACCACCGCCGCCGCCGCUGCUACUGCCGCCGCCGCCCGUUAUCCAUCCCCAGAGUCCGGGAGGAUCAGCCGAGACGCGCGCACACACACUCACACACUCACGCUCGCUCACACUCACACACUCCGGUCCAAGAUGAGACUGCAGCUCCUGCUCCUGCUGGCCCUGGCCGGACCCCUCUUCAGCGUCGCUAGCGCAAGUACGUUGGUGGUGCCCACGGCGGAGGACUUGGCGUUGGUGACGGAAGGUCCAGCUGCUCCUGAGCCCACCGCCGCCCUCGAGGAGGAAGCUGCCGUUGCCACGGACGCACCCGUCGAGGCCGCGCCCGAACCCGUCGCCACGGAAGCAGCCGCCGUCGAGGAGACCGCAGCCGUCGCCGAGGUAACCGAAGCCCCUGCCGCCCCUGCCGCCGAGGAGGAAGUGGUCGCCGAGGCAACGGAAGAGGCCGCGGCUGAGGAAGAGGCCGCCGCAGCAGAACCCGAGGUCGUCGCGGAACCGGAGGUCACCGAUGCUCCGGCUGCCGCCGCAGAACCCGAGCCAGAACCCGAGCCAGAACCCGAGCCAGAACCUGAGCCCGCAGCGGAACCUGAGCCAGAAGCAGAACCCGCCGCAGAACCCGCCGCAGAACCCGCUGCAGAACCCGAGGCAGCAGCAGAGGAGACGGACGAACAGGUCACGGUGGAGGAGGAAGGCAUGGGCUCAGGGCAGGUGGUUGGCAUUGUGAUCGGCGCUCUGAUCGCCGUGAUUGUGGUUAUUGCGGUCAUCGUGGUGGUGGUGCGGAGGAUGGGCCAGUACUCCCCUUGAGGAGAAAGGCGGCUCGACAGGAACCUCCUCCAAAGAAGUUCUGGAUUUUCUGAACUACUGAAUGACGUCACUUCCUGUCGAAUAUCUAAGCAUGCUACAAGCACUCUAACACUUCCAGGAUCCUGGACUAUCGCCAACGGAGGAGGCAGACCCCCCCUCUCCCCCCCCCACCCCACCCCACCCCAGAGCCAUUGACAUGGACAGCUCUGACUCCCCCCCCCCCUCUCAAUCAACCCCCCCCCCCCCCCUCAACACACAAGGGUGGCAACAGGAAGUCAUUCUGAAUUUCAGGGUCUUUAAAAACUGCAUUGUAAAGCAAAAUGGAGACAAAGGGAAUCUGCAUUGUGGUGUAAAUGGCCACACACACACACACACACACACACACACACACACACACACACACACACACACACACACACACACACACACACACACACACACACAGAGACAAUAUGAUAUACUGGACAUGCACUCUUGUGCUACAGCACAAUUCUGAGUUGCGCAAAGUGGACCUAAAAUAAAUAAAUCCACACAAAGAAAUAAGCACAAAUUGUAACCAUUACACACACACAGAGACACACACACACACACACACACACACAGACACACACACACACACUCACACACACACUCAAAAGACAAAAGCGUAGGUUUCGAUGUAUUCAGCUAGGUGUACAUAGCGCAUAAAGACACUCAUAGUUACGCCUGUUUCUUCUCUUCUGUCGCUCACAGCUUCUCCGUUUUGGCUUUGCGUUUUCUGUAAGAACACACACACACACACACACACACUCACACACGCCAGUCUCACAAACGCAAGCUAGCCACAAAGCCUGCAGUCAGCAGCAGCACAUGCCCCCCCCCCCCCCCCUACACACACCCACACUCGUCCAUGCAGUGGUGUCCAGCAGCUGUAUGAAGCUCCAUCCGUGCAGAAGUUGCCAGACACACUGCCCCCCCCCCCCCCACACCCCUGACCCCCACCUCCCCGACUAGAGGGCUGCUCACUAAUGACGUGCCUCAUUUGCCUGCUUGACCUUUGACCUUUGACCUCUGACACUGACAGGAGCCCUACUAGCAGUCUGUGGAGUGUAGCACUAGGGAACGGUGCCACUGGCGCCCUAUCGCCUGGGCAGGCCUCUUCUCCUCUUACUCUCUUCUCUAUCCUUUCUUCUUUUCUCUCUCCUCUCCUCUUCUCUUCUCUUCUCCUCUCCUCUCCUCUCUCUUUCCCUCUCCUCUCUUCUCUUCUCUUCUCUUCUCCUCUUCUCUCUCUUCUCCUCUCUUUUCUUCUCUUCUCCUUGUAUUCACUUCCCUCUCUAGUGCAUAAAUGUGAAUUUGAUUGUACCUUUAUAAUUUUUUUUUCUUUUGUUAUUUUGUUGAUAUUUCUUGUUGGUUGUUUGUCAGAAUUGGUGACCUUUCUUUUGCAUCACAUUCACACUGCCCAAAUGAACACACACACACACACACACACAGACACACACACACAUAGAGAGAGAGGGCCGUUUUGAGCCGUAUGUGAAGGUAGCAGUCAUUGGUGUCCAAACAGAGAGCUUAUUCACAGUAAACUGCAGAUUUGGGCUGCUGUGCAAACUCUGUUGAUCAAACUCCAACCCUCGCUAUUACACACACACACACGCACACACACAAAUGCAUAUGCGCAAGCACGCACACACAUACACAUUCAGAGAGCCUGCUCAGGAUGUUUGGAUUCAAACGGAAUGCAGUUUCACCGUUGACAGUUGCAAAAUCAGCUCAAAUGAAUAGAAAAGAUACACACUCACUCUCACAAGGACACACACACAUACUCGCACGCACACACACACACACACACACACACACACACACACACACACACACACACACACACACACACACACACACACACACACACACACACACACACUUUCCUUAAACAGAGCUGAUCAUGUGUAAGAGUUAGCAGUGGCUGCUAAUGCUAACGGGAUGACGCUAACAUGCUAGCGCUAGCGCCCCCUGGAUUAGCCACCAUCUCUGCCCGCCCAUGUAUGUGAGACAGCCGAGUGUGUGUGUGUGUGUGUGUGUGUAUGUAUGUGUGUGUGCGUGUGUGUGUAUGUGUGUGUGUGUGUGUGUGUGUGAGUGAGAGCACACUGCUUAUCAGACACUGCUAUAGGCUUACCAUGCAACAAUGUGUGUGCUUGCUUGUCCUCUCUGCUCCCCCCCCCCCUCUCUCUCUCUCUCUCUUUGUUUUGUUUUCCUGCGCCUUGUAUCCAAGCCUGCGGCUCUCUUCUUGUUAGUUUUACUUCAUGUUGUUUGUUUGUUUGUUUGUUUUGACACUCCGAUUGUCGUUGUCAUUUUAUUUAAUUGCAGUGUUUUUGGUUCAUACUGUUUCAAUAAAAAAGUGAAAACACUCCCUAA